UUUAUCAUAUAUUAUUCACUGUUCUGGCAUAGAAAAGUGUAUUUGGGAAAUGUGUCAAUCCGAUAGUUUUGUUGUAAACCCAAAUCAUAGAGCACUCGCAUUCAUAACAAAAUUUCACUGUUUUCGCAAAACACCCAGAAACUGAUCAGGCCUGUUGACACUUUGAUCUGAAAUGUUAUGUAUAAACUAGCCAAUAGGCGCAGCUUAUACAAUGCAGCAGCACUCCAAGCUGAGCUCACCGGGCUGCAACAGCAUGGAAGCAGCCACCACGACUUCAACCAUAAUCUGGAGUCUGCCAAACGGAAUGCCCAGAUUGUGAUAGUUGGCGGUGGGCUGGCAGGCUUGUCAGCGGCCAAGCAUCUACUGUUGAAUGGUUUUCAUAGUACGCUCGUCCUGGAGGCAACGGAACGCUAUGGUGGUCGUAUUAACUCCAAGCGCUUUGGCGACACAUUUUGUGAGCUGGGCGCUAAGUGGGUUAACAUUAAUGGCUCCCAUGAUUCCAUGUACGAGCUAUUGCGUAAUGCCGAAGGCCUGACAAAACAGCUGAAGCAGCCGUCGCCCGUCAUUUAUGUGCACACAGUGGGUGAUGGUAAGCAAGAUCAACAGAGCAAGGUGCCAACUGGCAUGGUUGAACAGAUAGAUACGUUGUUCCGAGACUUGUGCCGCGGAUUCAAGGUGCGCGAUAAAGUGAAGAGUGGCGGCGAUUUGCACUCGUUGGACAAUGUCAUGGCAUAUUUUCAGUCGGAGAGCGACAAGUUGAUAGCUUCAUCCUUUAAGCAGCCCGGCGAACAGGCAAUAGCACGCGAGAUUUUCCAGUCGCUGUUCAAGGACUUCAGCAGCAUAUUGGGCUGCUGUCUUGAGUAUGUGAAUAUCCAGCAUGUUACCUCAUGUCCGUUGGAGCAGGAAGCGCAUCCGAUUUACGUGCCCACUGGCCUGGACAACGCCGUCAAUGCGCUAACCCACGACUUGAACAAACAGCAGCUGCAGACAGGCAAACCCGUCGGCCAAAUACAGUGGAAGACGCCCUCAGAUACGCAAUUUGUGGGUUGCCUCGACGGCAGUCUGUAUAGUGCCGAUCAUAUAAUCUGUACGCUGCCUUUGGGCGUGCUAAAGAACUUUUCUGGUAUCCUGUUCAAGCCCAUGCUGCCGCUGGAGAAGCUACAAGCCAUAAAGAAUCUAGGUUUUGGUAAUCCAGUCAAAAUCUAUCUUUCCUACAAACGGCCCAUCAGUCGGUGGCUCAAGUCGAAUCUACGUCCGUUAUGUCCAUUACAGCAAGCAAAUCCCAGCGCGGCCAUUGAAGCAACAGAUGCAAAUCUAAAGCGAAGCUGGACUCGACAGAUUGUAGAAAUAUCUCAGCUGCCCAGCAGCCAACAUGUCCUCGAAGUACGCGUUGGUGGCGGGUACUACGAUGAAAUUGAGAAACUGCCUGAUGCGAUGCUUCUAGAGCAGUUUACAAUGCUAUUACGAAAGUGCCUGUGCAACCAGAAUGUGCCCUACCCGCAGGCCAUGCUGCGCUCCAACUGGAAUAGCUCCGCGUGUUUUCUAGGCGGCCGACCUUAUUUCUCCGUCGACAGCAGCGCUCGCGAUGUCCAGUCCUUGGCGGCUCCUCUUGGCGAUGCAGCACCAACACUCCUCUUUGCAGGCGACGCCACCGCAAUGCAUGGAUUUGGAACCAUUGACGGAGCACGUUCCAGUGGCAUACGUGAGGCGCAACGUAUUAUCGACUUUUACAACAUGAAGCACAGUGUCUAAAAAAAAAAA